AUGGAAAACAAGCUUGAAGCAAAAGACAAAAGCAUUCAGAAAAGAAUACCACGUUCGGUACCAAAAGGAAAGGAAAAGAACUAUAAGUAUAUGAUUUAUACUGAAGAGAUGGAAAAUGAAGAAGAUAAAGAUAUGGUUAUGUUGCAUUUAGUCAGAAGAAACAACAAAAGCUUUUACGACCUUGCUAAGAUUUACAAAUCUGACAGAAAUUGGUUCUAUCGCGAAAACUUACCGAUUUCAAUGACCCCAAAUGAAGAUGUGAAACAAAUAGUUCAAGAUACGUUACCUCAAACACACUAUGAUAUGAAAGGUUGUACAAUACUUACCUUCAAAGAAGAUUUGCCAUUGUUAAAGGAAAAAAUAACAGAGUAUUUUGACAACUUCAAACAAGUAGAGUAG